AUGCGGUCUCCGGAGAUGUCAUAUACUCCAGCCUACCACCAAGGUCAGGGUAAUAUCGGCAUGACGAAUAAUUCGAUUCGAGCCCCUCCACCCCGUCGAUCUCCAGAUCAUCCCGAGCCGAAGUAUCCAAGUCCAACCCGUCCCUCCUUUGAGUCAAAAUCUUACGACGCGAGCCCCCGCUCGUCUGGUCCGCGGGGAUCUAACGCCUACUCCCCAGAGGCUUCUCGACGGGCAUCCCGAGCGGAGGACGAUCCAGCUGUAACUCGGAUUGUGGUACCUACUAGUCCAGCCCACAAGGAAGAACGCAGCCGCGGUAGCUGGGCUGACCAGCCCUCAUUGAUGUCGGGCGAGCAAUCGGGCACCUCGCGCACUCAUAAGCGCUCGUCCCCGGACGACAAUCGUUCUGAUGACGGCCAGGACGCACUGCUCAUGCUGUUCCGACUUUCUGUCCCUGUCCCAGUAUACUCCUUCGCGGCCUGUCUAUAUACCUGCUGUGCACUCCUCUUCGCCAUAUUGACGGCACCACUUCGUCUUUGCUCCCUAUCAGCAUAUCUCAGCAAGACAUCCUUCUCCUCGCACCUUUGCGAUCUCCUCUCCCCAGUCCUUCACAUCCAUGAGCGUCUCGUCCACAUGCGACCUCCCACAUCAAACCGCUCUUCCUCCACACAAUGGAUUCACUCCGAGAUCGACACCGACCCGUCAGAAAUGGAGAGCUCGUGUAGAGAUUAUUCCGUUGGCAUGUCCAUCGGGGUCCUAUUACUCUCUCCAUUCUUCAGUAUCGCCAUCCUCUUGCUUGCAUGGACUGCCGCCUUCUUCUGGGUCUUCACCAUGAUGAUGGGAAACCCAGACGGAACCGAACGCAAAGACGACGGCCGCGCUGCUGUCAUCGGAGUUUGCAAGUGGUGGAGAACCUGGUUGGCCAAAGCCCGGAACCCAUCAUGA